UCGCGAUCGAAACUGUAUCAAAAAAAAUUAGACAAAUAUUUCGGGCUCAGCAUACAUGUUUUUCUUAAAAAAAAUACAAAGCCACAGAGAGGUUUAUGAAACAUCCAAACCGUUAUAAAAUUCAAUGCCAAGUGUGUGUUUAUCUAAAAGUGUAUAUAAACACAGAUAGAAUUGUUGUUUGCUCACGGCUGCUGAUUAUGGCCGCGGAGUCAAUAGCGAAAUAACCAUAGAGCUAAUUGCAUUGGACAGUGGCGGUCUCGGCAAAUGAGAAUUAAUUAAUUUAUUACAGAAAAACAGGCAUAAAAAGAACGCAUUUAAAUCCAUCCGACAUCGGAAAAGUAAUUAAUUUCAGCGGGAUUGCAAUGAAGCGAAAAUGCCCCUGAAGAUGCAUUGCAGCUCGUAAAUAAAACCAAAGGUCGAACCAAAAUACAAGAUCUAGCAACGGAGAAGUUACUCCUUUUGGGAAUAUCAUCAUUCUCAUUAGGAAACCAAACCAAAGGAAACCAAAAACAAAACAAAAACUUAGUGCCAUGGCCACGAACCUAAUCGAGGAGGAAUCGCGCGUCGACUUUUUACCCGGAGCCGAGGAGGAAGCGGAAUUCGAGCGCUUGUAUGCAGCCCCCGCUGAGAUUGUGGCCCUGCUGUCCAUCUUUUAUGGUGGCAUCAGCAUUGUGGCUGUCAUCGGCAACACGCUGGUCAUCUGGGUGGUGGCCACCACCAGACAGAUGCGCACGGUGACCAAUAUGUAUAUAGCCAAUUUGGCCUUUGCCGACGUCAUCAUUGGCCUGUUCUGCAUACCAUUUCAGUUCCAGGCUGCCCUGCUGCAGAGUUGGAAUCUGCCUUGGUUCAUGUGCAGCUUCUGUCCCUUUGUCCAGGCCCUCAGCGUCAAUGUCUCGGUGUUCACGUUGACCGCCAUUGCCAUUGAUCGGCAUCGGGCCAUCAUUAAUCCACUUAGGGCACGUCCUACAAAGUUCAUAUCGAAGUUCAUAAUUGGCGGAAUCUGGCUGCUGGCCCUGCUCUUCGCCGUGCCCUUUGCCAUAGCCUUUCGGGUGGAGGAAUUGACCGAGAGGUUCCGCGAGAACAAUGAGACCUUCAAUAUGACGCGACCGUUCUGCAUGAACAAGAACCUAUCGGAUGAUCAACUGCAAACGUUCCGAUACACGCUGGUCUUUGUGCAGUAUCUGGUUCCCUUCUGUGUCAUCAGCUUUGUCUACAUCCAGAUGGCGGUGCGCCUGUGGGGCACCCGGGCUCCGGGCAAUGCCCAGGAUUCACGGGACAUAACGCUGCUGAAAAACAAGAAGAAGGUCAUAAAAAUGCUGAUUAUCGUGGUCAUUAUCUUUGGCCUGUGCUGGCUGCCGCUGCAGCUCUAUAAUAUUCUGUAUGUGACGAUUCCGGAAAUCAACGACUACCAUUUCAUCAGCAUCGUCUGGUUCUGCUGCGACUGGCUGGCCAUGAGCAAUAGCUGCUACAAUCCCUUUAUUUAUGGCAUCUACAACGAAAAGUUUAAGAGGGAAUUCAAUAAACGCUUCGCUGCCUGUUUUUGCAAGUUUCAAACGAGCCUGGAUGCCCACGAAAGGACCUUCUCGAUGCACACACGUGCCAGCUCGAUAAGGUCGACAUAUGCCAACUCUUCCAUGCGAAUUCGUAGUAAUCUCUUUGGAGCAGCCCGCGGUGGUGGUCUCAACGGCAGCAGCGGCGGUGGCAAGACGGGUUUGCAUUUGCCACGGGUACAUGGAAGCACUGGUAGUGGCGGAACUUACAACGGCGGUCAGAACAACAAUGGCCAUGGGCUUCAUCAUCACCAUCAUCACCAGAGUGUGGUUACCUUUGCCGCUCCCGGCUCCUGUGUGGCUGUUGGUGGCGUUGGCCACACAGGCGUUUCGAUGCCGCCCUGGCGUCGCAACAAUUUCAAGCCCCUGCACCCCAAUGUCAUCGAGUGCGAAGACGAUAUGGCACUCAUGGAGCUGCCAUCGACAACGCCGCCCAGCGAGGAGAUGGCCAGCACCACGGGAGUACAGCUGGCCCUGCUCAGCAGGGAGAACUCCAGCUGUAUUUGCGAGCAGGAGUUUGGCAGCCAAACGGAGUGCGACGGCACCUGUAUACUCAGCGAGGUGUCGCGUGUCCACCUGCCGGGAUCGCAGGCCAAGGACAGGGAGCGGGAGGUGGUGGGCAAGUCCCUGUGGCAACCGCUCUAAGUUAAUUUCCAGUAAUUUAAGUUCUAGCCGUGUUCCACGGACACAUUCCCGUUCGUUAAUACGUAAGCCACUCGACAACCAUUAGGUGUGUUUCUCCCCGAAGAAAACUCUGUGGAAAUAUUGAUUUUUUUUUGUAAGGACAUCAAUGUAUUUGUGGAUUACGGCCACUUAAGCCAUUUUCCACAGAAAUAUUUGGACCAUUUCAUAUAUGAAUUCCCCUAAAUUCCCUUAAAUGCGAAUGUGCCUCUGGAACCUGGCUAUUAGCUCUGUGAUUUCGUCUUAAUGAAAUGUGAUUACAAAUCCCCUGCAGAACGGUUUGUAUUGAUUGAGUGUGAAUGCUGGUCGUGAGCCAUGUACAGUAUUAUAAUUAAUUGUAACAUCGAAGUGCGUUCCUUAAAGCACAAUACGUAAAUGUUUAUUAAAACAAAACCCACACAACUUUGUCCACCAUUUUGUUUGAACUCCAUUAAAGUUCUUUCGAAGCCAAAAUUCACCAAAUCAAAUAAAAAGCAAACAAAAAACUUAAAAAGCACCUGCAAUCAAUUAAGUAGCAUUAAGCUAAAUUAUUUAAAUAGUUGUAUUAAAAAAAUCCGAUUAUGUAUUAAACACACAAUCACAUCCUAAAGUAUGUAUGGAAAUGAAAUGUACAAUAUUUGUCAUGAAAAAAAAAAAAGAAAAAAACAGAAAGGCUAAUUAAUGUAAUUAUUAUUGUAUUAAAUUACCAAAACGAAUAAACAUUUCGAGUCAUUAAGCAAACCAA